AUGUUUCACAAGCACGAGUCUAGAACAGUUCCAACCGUGGAACAACAACCCGUCGAAGACGUGUCGAAAUUUCAAUCUAAAGCUCUCGUGCACAUAAAUUCCUAUCCUCUAGUACAGGAAACGGAGGGAUUUUUGUCCAAAGUCCCCGCGGCAAGGAUAUUAGCCGCUAACACCAAACCGAUUUACGAGAGCGUGGUCAACUCCAAACCAGCCCAAUGGGUCCUUCCGCUUACAAAGAUGGUGGAUUCGAUCGCCGAUAGGACUCUCAGUCUCACCGAUAGAGUCGUACCAUCUCUUAAGACGAAGACGUACCACAGACUGGGAGAAGAGGCAAUGCUUCCAUACACCUAUACGAAGAGCGCCGUGGGGAAAGUCGGAACGGCCACUAUAAGUGCAGCUGACACGUAUGUUUACACACCAACGCACAACCAAGUUCUAAAGUUUAGGCAAUUUUACAACGAAAAAGUUUAUGACACGCACGGAAGACCCUUGAUCCGCAGUUCCUUAGAUCCAAUUGUUGCUCCUUGCAACAAGAAAUUCGAAGCUGUUACUCAUACUUACUUGCCAGAGGGUAAGCAGGUACCAACAGAUGGAUAUAAUAGUGAGAUCUCCAGAAGUGCAGCUCUUACUGUUAAUCUAGUACAGAGAGCAGCUCCCGUAGCUGAAAGUAGAGUUACUAACUUAGUACUAGCACCAUAUCGCUAUGCCAAACACGUAAACAGUAUCUUCAACCAUAAUCUCGACAAACAGGAAGACUUGUCUUUGAAAAAUUCAUGGAUAGCAUCCAAGAACGCAGUUGCCGAGUUAAAUAAAGAGACUCUAGAUUACGUUAGGAACACCGCACCUGUCCGGAAAAUGUCUAGAUCCAAGAGAUUUGCUCCUGCUUCAGCGGUAUCGCCUAUUGCAGCGUAA